AUGGGUCUAUUUACUUUUCUAUCUUUCAUGAGGAUCUUGUCGAAAAUUGCAUAUGGUUGCAUGCAUGUUUUGUUGUCGUGAGCAAUAUUAUGUCCAGAUGAGAAAACAGUGAAUUCGCCUGUACGAUAAUAUUUUAGCCGGGGUAGCAAUGGGUAACCAAGUGACACGCGGGCAUGCAUCCACCAAGAAGACUGAUUCCGUUGCGAAUGCCGGCAAUACAGCCAAUGCAACUAGCCUUUCGAAAAGUUCCUCUGGAACAGAAUUAGAAAACAAUGCACACAUGCAGUUCUUUCCGAUCGAGAGCCUAGCGAAGACUCUGUCUCACUUGACUCACGACGAGGAACGUAUAACCGGUAUUACAAGAUCUGUAUUUCAACGGUACCUGUUCCCCAAUUACCCGGAGUUAGGUGAACAUUUGUUCAACUACCUGCAUCACGUGGCCAACGUCAAUACUUCCUAUUUGAGUGCCAAUGCCUUUAAGCAACAAGCUGAAAAGUUCCUCUCCGUGAUGAACGAUCAGAUCAUACUAGAAAAUUAUGUAAAAAUGUAUUCGAACAUGAAGGGUGAUGGAAGCGUCGGUCCGGAUGGAUUGAAGAAUCUUCUGUACAUUUCUUACAAAAUUGCUAUGGACAGUAGCGGAACCUCUUCGUGUAUUUACGCGGAACAGAUAAUCAAUGCAGUUAUCAUCUCGUGUUUUCACGGCAAAUAUGCGUUAUCUGUGAGCUUCGUGAGCAAUUGGAUUUCGCAGCACUGUCCACGUAUAAUACACGGUCCUCAUCAUUACAUAGUACACGUAUUGACGACUGCUUACCGGAACGGUAAAGUUUUGCUGUCCAAAGAGCAACCUCAACCGCACCUGCAGAUACCAACGCCCAUAUUGGAGCAACCGGAUAUAGAAUUUCCUCAAAUUCUGCUCCCCGUGAGCUACGUAUGGUUGUUGUCGAGUACGCUGCCAGAAAGUUACCUUCAGGUGGUUGAUUCGCCACAGGACGUUCCUCACGCUUUGAUAGCCAAAAGGUUGGGCAGCGUGUGUCCUAGACAUUGGGCGUUGUUGUAUAAUAGCUCGGAGCAUGGAACAGGAGCCAACCGUUUUCUUCAUCACGUUUUAGGGUACAGGGGUCCCACUCUGUUGUUCAUAAGGGCUGUUAGUCCAGACAAGGACACGAUUUCUCCUACGUAUUGCAUAUGCUCGGCGGUAGAGUGGCGCGAGAGCCAUUUGUAUUGGGGCGAUGAAGACUCGGUUGGCAUCGAACUAUUUCCAUCGUACAGAGUUAUAGAAAGGGGAGCCAAAGUACUCUAUUUGAAUACUAACAUCCGCGGCUAUCCCCACGGAUUGCGGUUUGGGAGUAACACGCGUUCGCCAUACAUCAGUAUAGACGAAUCAUUCCAUUCGGUCAGUAUCGCAGGCGCACCUUAUCCAAUCGCCAGUUUAGAAGUUUGGGGCUGCGGAGACACGAAGUUGAGGGAGCGUCAGCUGGAAAUUAAAAAAUGGCAGGUGAAGGAAGCGGAAAAGCAAAGGAUCGUUAAAUUGAGCGCCAGCGAUUGGAUAGAUCAUCCCGAUCGUUACUUGCUCGAAUUGGCGGGCAGGGCCUCUUACAACGAAUCGAGUAAUUAAGCGCGAGGUAGUACAUACGAUAGCACAAAGUUGAUUCAGGAUUUAUAGUGGAUUGUUUGUAUAUAUGUAUAUAUUAUCAAACAUACUAUUAUAUCGAUACGUACUUAUGCCGUAUAUGUAAGAUCCCAGAUACUGUAAUUUGUUCGGAACGUUUUAUUUUAGAACGAGCAAUUUUCAUAAAUUAUUAUUUAUAAUCCGUAAGAGUUACUUAAAACUUAUCGUUAGAUCGGAGUACUUACUUAAAAGACCUUGCGCAGUAUAUUUUAAAGCCGUACUUUUAUGCUCAAUAAUGUUAGCUAAUUUAAAGGAUAUAUUGACACGUUCGAAACGAAGAUGUGCUGUCUUAUGCAAAUUAACGAUUGUACCUUUACAACAACAAAUACAAAACCGAUUGGUAAUAUCGAAAAUCGUUAAUCGUCGAUAAAGUGAGAUACGCGUAUGCUCGCUGAAAGUAGGAUCUCAGCGAAUGUAUAUUAGUAGGUGCUGUUACACUUUUUCGUAUGCUCUUACAAGUACAUUUCGGCUGUUGCGUGCCUUAACGUUCGUGCCGUUUAAUUUAAUCUAGUAAAUUGUGCAUAAUUUUUCGUAAAUUUACACGUCCUUGUAUUUUUCGAGCUGUGACCAUUAUAGCGUGCCUUAUAUACAUACAUACUGUUAAAAGACAUCCGAUAAGAGUAAUCGAAUGUUGCAUAGUACCGAAACGCGUUUGUACGAAAAACGAACAAUUACGAUUGCACAUUGGAAGUUACUUUGCCUUUGCAAAUUGUCAUAUAUUUAUUAUUUCGAAUAGAUGAGUACAUUUUUUAGAAUGCGAUAUUUGUAUUUAAAUAAACGAUAGAAACGCCAAGUUUAUAUUUUAUUUUAACGAACGUGCGAUCAAUGUUGCUCCUCGUCGCGUUAUUCUUGAAUUUAUUUAGUUAUUCUAAUAAUCGAAAUCGAACUUCGACAUGGUUUGUUCAAGAAUUUAUUAAGGUCAAUUUAACAAUGCUUCGUACAUUGCGUUUCUACCAAGAAACGCGUGGAAUUUGUUUAUCUCAUAACGAAGCCAAUUUAGAAAUAAUAUAACGGGCGCAAACGAAUCGAAGCAGGUUCAGAAAAUUCAUAGUCAUAGAUUAACUCUUUAACAUUUAGUAAAUACCUAUGUCAAUGCAACUGCACUUUCCCAAGAAGUUUGACCAGUUUAAGAACCGACACGAACCAUAAGACUCAUCGUUUACGCUUAUCGUAUCGCGAAGAUGUACGAUACAAGGAUAUUACAUAUAUAAGACAUAUUUACAAGUAUUUAAAUAAAUAUAUAAAACUAUA